AUGACACUUAAUCAAGUCGUACUUUCGCCUUUCAAUGAUAUUCUCGGUACAGCUUCGACAAAUGUACCAGCAUAUUCAAAUACGCAUGAUGAAAUUUUCAGCAUGGAACGGCAUUAUAUGCACGGUAUAUUUAUGGGAAUAAAAUGGCAAUGUGUCGAAUAUGCUCGUCGAUGGUUACUGUUGAGAAAAGGUUGUGUAUUUAAACCUAUUGAUUGUGCUGCGAACAUUUGGACUGAACUAACCAGUGUCGAACGUGUUACUGAUGGACAGCAUUUUCCUUUAACGGCGCAUCCAAACGGUUCUCCAUUAUUACCACAAUGUGGUUCAUUUCUCAUUUAUCCUCGUAGUAAAGAACAACCAGUCGGUCAUAUUGCUGUUAUUUGUGAUGUUGGACCAGAUUAUAUUCGUAUUGCUGAACAAAAUAAUAAAUUUCAUUAUUGGAUUGAUGACUAUGCUCGUCAAAUUCCAGUAAUAUAUAAAGAUGGUCUUUACUAUGUUGAAGACAAAGAACAGAUUUCUGGAUGGAUGGAAACUGAAGAUAAUGAUCAGUUAAAACCAUUAGAUGAAUUAGACACAAAUGCUAUUCUUUUACAAUACCAACAACCUCAACCUGCGGGUAAAAUAACACGUUGUGUUAUUUCACAAAAAUAUGAUGAUACAAGAAAAAUCUGGUUGAAUAAAGAUGUUCCAGUUGAAAAAUUUUUCCUCGAACAAUAUGAUGAAAUUAUGAAACGAAUGGAUAAUUAUUCUGAGCAAUUGCCUUACUACAAAAUUAAUGCAGAUUUAUUAUUUAAUAUUGGUACAGUAUCAAAUGAAGUGCAUCGAAUGUUUAUAGAAGCUACUAAUCGUGUUGUUCAUGAUGAUGAGCUCUUAGCACGUUUUAAAAUACCCAAUGUAUUUUGGAAUCGAAUUCGUCAUUCGUGGAUUAAUGAACAAAAUCUUAUAAUGAGUGGUCGAAUUGAUCUCGCUUUUGAUGAGAAACAGUUGAAAGUAUUUGAAUACAAUGCUGAUAGCGCAUCGGCACUUGUUGAAUGUGCUAUUAUACAUAAAAAAUGGGCAGAAGCGAUUGAUUUACCUUCUAAGUUUAUGUCAGGUCUACAAUUACAUCAUGUUCUAGUUAAUAAUUGGAAGGCUAUGAAAAUUACAACAAAAAUACAUAUAUUAAUCGAUGAUAAAAGAGAUGAGAUAUUCACUGCUCUCUACAUGCAAAAUGUAAUGAAAGAAGCAGGUAUCGAAUCUAAAUUAUAUGUUGGUACUGAUAAAUUGUAUUGGAAAGAUGACAUGAUUGUAGACAACGAUGGUGAAAUAAUUAAAUUUAUAUGGAAACUAUGGAUGUGGGAGACUGUCUUUCAAGAUCAUAUCGAUGUAACCAAAGAACGUGACUUAGUUAAUUCUAAUUCAACUGAACAUAUUUUAAAAUGGAAACCGGUCAAUGGUGAACAUCCACGAAUAAGUGAUAUUCUAUUACAUGAUCGAAUCAAAGUCAUUGAACCUUUGUGGAAAGUGAUUACUAGUAAUAAAGCACUUUUACCUAUUCUAUGGUCCAUGUAUCCAAAUCAUCCAAAUUUACUACGUACCGAAUGGAGUCUAACAGAAGAGCUUAAACAUACGUCUUUCGUAAAAAAGCCAAUUGUCGGCCAUUGCGGUCAAAAUGUUACGUUGUAUGGGCCAGAGGGUAAUGUUGUGAUUGCUGAAACAACCGGUAAUUUUUCGACUCGUGAUAAUAUUUAUCAAGAAUUAUUUCCGCUGAAAAAUUAUGAUGGAUACUAUGCAAUUAUCGGUAGUUGGAUUAUUCGUGGAAAUUUUGCUGGCUUUAGUAUUCGUGAAGAUCGAACUCUCAUUAUCGAUCAUCACAGUCCGGUGACACCCUGUUGCAUUGUCUGGGAAGACGAAAAAUAA